AUGAGCAGCGGCCUCGGUAUCCCCGUCAAGCUCUUACACGAGUCCCUCGGACACAUCAUCACCGUCGAGCUCAAGACAGGGCAGCUCUACCGCGGGAAAUUGGCAGAGGCUGAGGACAACCUCAACAUCUCGUUAAAAGACAUUACUGUCACUGGUCGCGAUGGACGCGUGUCUCAGCUUGACCAGGUGUACAUUCGCGGGAGCAUGGUCCGCUUCUUCAUCGUCCCGGAUAUGUUGCAGAAUGCACCCAUGUUCAAGCGUGUAGGACCCAAUGCUAUGCGUGGAAGGGGUAUCGGUACGGCUCGUGGUCGUGCGACGAUCAUGCGGGCCAACGCUCGUCGUGGACGUGGUAUGCCCGCUCCGAGAGGCAUUCGCCGGUGA